AUGCCGCCCUGCGGCCAUGGCGAGGAGAUGAUGGAGGCCAUGAUGAGGCAGCAGGAGCUUGUGAUGCAGCUCCGAGCGCUCGUCCUCCCCCUGCUCCACGGUGUCGAUUAUACCUCGGCUGACAUCGCCGUCCAGCUCUUCGACGACGUGAUCGGCUGCAACAUCAGCGUGGCAUCUAAGCUUGAGGGGUGCCUCAUGAGUACCGGAGCUGGAGGAGGAACCAUGGUAGAGCUCGUCGAUGACAAGUCCUUGGUGAGGAAGAGUAUGACUAGUUCUACUACUGGCGACAGGACAGAGGGACAAGUGAAGCCUAAUAGCGUUGGUCAAAAGAGAAGGAGGAACGACAAGCGAUCGAGAUCCCUUGUGACACAUGUUCCACAUUAUGAUGGCCACCAAUGGAGAAAAUAUGGGCAGAAGAACAUAAAUGGGAGGCAACAUCCCAGGAACUACUACAGAUGUGCCUACAGAGAAAGGAACUGCUUAGCAACCAAGACAGUUGAGCAACAAGAACAAAAUGCCGGUACCAGUAGUGCCAUGGCUGUUGAGGAGAACGCAAAGUACACUGUAGUAUACUACGGCGAUCACACUUGCAAGAACCAUAGCACCAGCAUGGUCCAGGCACCCCAGCUUGUCAAUAUGGAUCUUCACAACGGGGAAAUGGAUCAAACAACUACAAAUGCUCAAGAGCCUGAGGCAGACUUGGACUUGCCAGCUUUGCUAGAGGUGUUUGACAGUUCGCUCAUUAAUUGGCAAGACUGGAAUGAAGAUGUGAUAUAUAACUUAUCACCGUGA